CGCUGUCAUAACAGAAUGUUUACUAAGAGAGGCAGCAAUGAUUAUGAACUGAUGGCAACAUCCAGUCCUGUUGUUUUGCUUGCAAAUGGCCAACCUGUUGGAGGAGAGUCUCCAUGUUUCAUAAUAGCAGAAAUAGGCCAGAAUCAUCAAGGGAAUGUCAGCAUCGCGAAGGAUCUUAUACUUGCUGCAAAGCAAUGCGGGGCAGAUUGUGUUAAGUUCCAAAAAAGUGAUCUAUUGGAGAAGUUUACUUCAACAGCCCUGGCUCGUCCCUACCUAAGUACUCACUCGUGGGGAAAAACGUAUGGAGAACACAAAGCACAUCUUGAGUUCUCUGAUGAUGAGUACGAACAACUCAAGAAGUACGCUCAAGAAAUUGACAUUCUAUUUACUGCAUCUGGUAUGGACCAGGUGUCAAUCACAGUAUUGGAUUCAUGGGAUGUUCCAUUCAUAAAAAUUGGUUCAGGAGAUUCUGACAAUAUACUUUUGAUCAAGAAGGCAGCAAAACUCCAUAGGCCUCUAUUUAUAUCCACUGGCAUGCUUGAUAUGGAUGGUGUGAGAAUGAUACACCAGGCAGUGACUCAGUUCCACAGAAAGCUGGUACUGUUGCACUGCGUGUCCGCUUACCCUACUCCGGCGGCAGCGGUAAACCUGCGAGUGCUGCAGUUGUACCAACAACAGUUUCCUGAUGUUCCAAUUGGCUACUCAGGCCAUGAACUUGGAACAUCAGUUUCUGUGGCUGCCGUUGCGCUCGGAGCAAAGGUGAUAGAGCGACACCUGACUCUCAGUAAGGAAUGGAAGGGCAGUGAUCAUGUUUGUUCACUGGAACCUGAUGAGUUUGCACAGAUGGUGAGGGACAUUCGCCAAGUGGAACUGGCACUGGGAAGUCCCAUCAAGCAGUUUCUGCCUUGUGAAGUGCCCUGUCAAGACAAGCUGGGCAAGAGUGUAGUGGCAGCAGAAGAUUUGCUCAAAGGGUUGAAGAUUUCCGAGGAGAAUAUAAAAAUCAAAGUUUCCCAUCCUGCAGGGAUAAGGUGUAAAUAUUUGAAUUCACUCAUUGGAAAAACUCUUGUCACUGAUGUUAGGAAAGAUGAACCCAUUAAUUUUUUUGACGUUUCUUAAAAAUCCUAAUAUUUUUUUAGUUCUUAUAGUGCCAAAGAUUGUUAAAUACAAGAAUAAUUGUUGUAUUAAAUAAUUUAUUUAAAAAGACAUUGUGAAAAAUGUAAUAUACCUCUAAAAUACUAUAUAAAUAUAUCGUCAUUCCUUUAAUUUCUUGUUGACAUGAGUAAUAGAUCGAGUUUGAUAUUAUUUUAUUUCUAAGAACUAAAUGUAUUUUGGCAACUAGUCUUAAGUGUUUAGAUAUAAGCACUUGUAUUUUGUGUGGCUGUGUAUAUUUUACAAAUUUUUUUCUUGAUCUCAUAAUUUUACUUAAUGCUUCUAAAGACUAAAGUAGGAAAAUGUGAAUUAUAUGUUGAUUGUAUUUUAAAUGUAAUUAAAGUACGUUUUUUACUUGCCCGAAACGAAAA